AUGGCGGAUCAAGAAACGAAUGGCUAUAAUGAUGAAGCAAGUGAUUUUAAGCGCAAUAGCAAUGCUGGCCUUCGCGAGAUCGACCCAGAGGAUGAUGGUGAAGAAACGAGUAAACAGUCGGAAAAAGUGCAGGAGUACAUAAGAAACAUACUGAACGAACGGGUAGCUUUGGAUCGUAAAUAUCCCAUCGCUGAUCGGUUGUUACAAAUGGAGGUUGAAACUGCACAAAAAAAUGGUAAACCUCCCGCUAGACGAUACAUCGAUAUUUACCGGGAGAAGCCCAUCAAACUGCAGGUGAAAAUAAUCGUGCCUGUAAAGGAACAUCCGAAGUUCAAUUUCGUCGGUAAACUGCUAGGGCCGAAGGGAAAUUCGUUGAAACGUCUGCAGGAAGAAACGAUGUGCAAAAUGGCAAUCCUGGGUCGUGGCUCGAUGAAAGACCGCAAGAAGGAAGAGGAACUCCGGUUAGCAAUGGAUCCGAAAUAUGCCCACCUCAAUGAUGAUCUGCACGUUGAGAUUAAUGCGCUGGGUCCACCGGCGGAAGCACACGCCCGCAUUGCGUACGCACUAGCCGAGGUGCGGAAGUUCCUCAUUCCGGAUAGUAACGAUUUCAUCCGGCAGGAGCAAAUGCGUGAAAUGUUGGAAGAUCCGGAUUGUGAUCUACCGGUGAAAAAAGCGUACAAAAAAUCGAUCACACCACAUACGAAUGUUCAUGAUAGUCUACCAGCGUCCAGCUCACCAGUGCCUGGCACAUCCCGUGCGGUACCACCACAAAGGAAGAUUUAUUCAAUUUUGGACAAAGCACGUGCUGCGCUGGAAGACAGUCAUUUUCCACGUUCUACUGCGGUAAGAUACGAAGAGCCACGCUACGAACGGGAACAAUUCGAAUCAUCGUACCACUACCAUCAACCACCUCCACCUCGACCAAAGUAUGAAAGCAAUAAUUAUAAUGACGAUUACCGAAGAGAUUUCUACCGCAAUACCAGUUCUUACUCUGAAUCAUUGCCAGCUCCUUCCAAACCCAACACCACAUCGAUGAGCAGUCGAUCGUGGAAAUCAUCAACGUACAGUGGAAGUUCAGCGCGAGAGCAAACCGAUCUAAAACAUCACACCCCCCGGGAUCUGCAUUCGUAUCGCCAUACACCGUAUGCCCGACAGUCGAAAUAG